CAAUCUACAAAAAAAUGUAAUUAAAAUUACAGUAGUAUUUUGACACGCAUGUGAUCUUAUCAAUUAUAAAAUAAGAUGUACAUGACAUUGGUAUUAAAAAAAAUCCAAAUUUAAUUAAUAACAUAUCUUAUUAUAUAGGGGUUGUCAACUAGUGGGGACACAAAAAAAAUAUGGAAUUUCGUUUUUCUUUGAGAUAUAUCAUAUAUGACUUCAUAUUUACAUUACCAAAAAUAUUAUUCAAGAUAAAUGUUUAGCUCCUCUCCACAUAUGUAUUAACAACAACCUCUUCUACUUCGAGUGCCUUUGGUACAGUUGGUGCGUUUCAGAUCAUCAACAAUGUUUUCUCUUAGAAAUCUUCCUUCCCUUGCACCAUUUGUCUCAGCCUACGCAUCAUUGACGGGAUACAUCAUGAUGAUCAAACCAUUUAUUGAGAUGACAAUUCCACCUCCGUUACAAAACUACAUCAUCUCUUAUCUCAAUUCUUUCUUGCACUCUAGUCCAUCGACUCUCACGCUCAUCAUCGACGACCAGAUCAAGAAUGGGAUGAACAACGAGCUCUAUGGGGCUGCUCAGGUUUAUAUCUCCACCAAGAUCAACUGCAACGCGGCAAGGCUUAGGAUCUUUAGAGACCGCAGUGAGAAAAACGUCAAUUUACACCUCAGCGUAGGAGAGGUUGUCUCGGAUGUCUACCAAGGCAUUGAGCUCAAGUGGCGUUUUUGUGUUGAAAGCAAGAAGACCAAUAUGGUUCAUGAUUUUGGGGAACAUUUUAAGCUAAACUCCGAUCGGGAGUAUUUCGAGCUUAGCUUUGAAAACAAACACAGAGACUUGGUCUUGAAUUCUUAUAUACCUUACGUGGAAAGCAAGGCAAAGGUGAUAAACAACGAGAGGAAAAUCCUCAAGAUGUACUCCUACUGUAACAUGUAUCUAAAAUGGCAAUCCGUGAACCUCGAGCACCCGUCAACAUUUAAUACCAUGGCUAUGAACGACGAUCUAAAGCGUUCUGUAAUUGAUGAUCUUGACCGGUUCAUCAGAAGGAAAGAUUUUUACAAAAGAGUUGGGAAACCUUGGAAAAGGGGUUACUUGCUGUACGGUCCACCUGGGACUGGGAAGACUAGCCUAGUUGCGGCCAUUUCUAACUACCUUAAGUUUGAUAUCUAUGAUCUCCAGCUUGCAAGCGUGAGGGAGGACGCUGAUCUAAGGAGAUUACUUCUCGGUACUAGGAACAGCUCCAUUCUUUUGGUAGAAGAUAUAGACUGCGCCGUGGAUUUGCAUACACGGUUGCAACCAAAGACUCAAGAUGAUACUAAGGGAUCAGAAAUGUUGACGUUAUCAGGGCUCUUAAAUUGCAUAGAUGGGUUAUGGUCGAGCUGUGGAGACGAACGCAUUGUAAUCUUCACCACAAACCACAAGGAGAAGCUUGAUCCGGCAUUGCUUAGGCCAGGUCGUAUGGAUAUGCAUAUUCACAUGGGACAUUGUUGUUUUGAUGUAUUCAAGACUUUGGCGUCUAAUUACUUGGGCUUGUCCCACGACGACCCUCACCAUCUUUACCCGGAAAUUGAGCGUUUGAUUAAAGGAGAAGUGUUGACUCCAGCUCAAGUUGCAGAGGAGCUAAUGAAAAAUGAGGAUCCUGAUGUGGCGCUCGAGGGGUUGGUUAAGGUUCUCCAACGGAAGAGGUCAGAGUUGGAGAAACUGGAAGAGGAGACUUGAGGCCAUGUUUGUUUAUUUAUCAUCGUAUAUUCACUUCAGAUUUUUUAAGCUUCAAAGAAUUGAUAUAUGCAAUUUAGUUGUUUUCCGGAGAAUUAAAAUUCAACUGCAUAAAAUUGUGAGUUUGGAUUUAUGUA